CAUAUGUGCGUAUGCGUCAUAACAUCAAUCCCCUGGUUCAUGUUGGGGUUUUUAUUUUCUCCAGCUGAUUCACAAGAAAAUCGCACAGUUCCGCUUUCCAUAGGCUGGAAUCCUCGAAGAGUUUGACACUGGGCCAGUGGCGUUUGCUGAAGUCAUAGGCGUGGUUUUGGAUGGAGAUGCUCCGUGUGCUCCCGCUGGGAUUCCCACCUGCCCUCAGACCGCGUUUGUCACAGCGCCAGUUGGCGUUUUCCUGAGCUCUACACACCACCGCAGAUAUUUGGUUACUAUUUAUUAUUUAUUUAUUUUGUCUACGGAUAUAGACAUUCUGUCAGAGGUGUUGUGUAAUUGCAGCGCUCUGGGGACGCCCGGUUUGAUCACAGAAGAGCGACGGCGCACUUGGUGGAGAUAAACAAGAGCGGACAGCGCGUCGCCUGGUCGCCUGGCCUCCAGGCAGCAGCAGCGGGAAAGAAACCGCAGCAGAGACUCUGGUUCACGUGUAGGGCUGCUCGACGCGUAAGUCGUGCCUGCAGUGGUUUUCAGGGAUGGAAAAUCCACGGAAAAUCCACAAAAGAUCAUCCUGGCUUGGUUUACUUGUGGUGGCGUCUGUUUUCGUUUUAGUGGACAGCAAGAGAGCCAGGCAGCCUCGCUGUCCCUUAUCAUGUACAUGUACCAAAGAUAACGCGCUGUGCGAAAGCGCAGGAUCGAUCCCUCGGAGCUUUCCCCCCGAUGUCAUAUCCCUAUCAUUUGUCAAGUCGGAAUUCACCGAAAUCCCUAAGGAGAGCUUCAUCCACACGCCUGCCCUGCAUCUCCUCCUCUUCACAGCCAACAACCUGGAAUCUAUAAACGAGGAUGCUUUUCUUGGUCUUCCUCAUCUAGAGUAUCUAUUCAUAGAAAACAACCAAAUCCAGUCAAUAUCACCGCAUGCUUUCCGAGGACUAAAAACCUUAGUGCACCUGAGUCUGGCCUACAACAAUUUGGAGACUCUGCCCAAAGAUUUGUUCAAGGGUCUUGAGGCCUUGACAAAAGUAGACUUGCGUGGAAACCAGUUCACAUGUGACUGUAAGCUGAAAUGGUUGGUGGAGUGGAUAUACAGCACCAAUGCCACCAUGGACUUUAUUUACUGCAAAGGCCCAGCCUCACAGAUAGACAAGAAGAUCAACGACCUGGUGCCACAGUCCUUCGACUGCAUCACCACAGAGUUUGCUUCCUACCAGUCUCUAAAGUUUGAAUCCAUAUCAGUGGAAGCAUUUUCCUUCGGGAAUGAUCAGUAUGUUGUGUUUGCCCAGCCCUUUAUUGGGAAAUGCAGCUUUCUAGAGUGGGAUCACGUUGAGACAGUCUUCAGAAACUUUGACGACAUUGACAGCACAUCAACCGUGAUCUGCAAACCCCUGGUCAUUGACAACCAGCUCUUCAUCAUUGUAGCUCAGCUAUUUGGAGGUUCACACAUCUACAAGCGUGACAUCUCUGCCAACAAAUUCAUCAAGCUCCAAGGCAUUGACAUCCUGAGAAUCCGCAAACCAAAUGAUGUUGAGACGUUCCGCAUUGAUGGAGAAUCGUUCUUCGUCAUAGCAGAUAGCUCCAAGGCUGGUUCCACCACCAUCUACAAGUGGAACGGCAAUGGGUUUUACUCCCAUCAGUCCCUUCAUCCCUGGUACCGUGAUACCGAUGUGGAGUUCCUGGAGAUCUCUUCCAAACCUCACUUGAUCCUGUCCAGCAGCUCCCAGAGGCCUGUCAUUUACCAGUGGAACAAAACCACCAAGCAGUUCGACAGACGCACCGACAUCCCAGAAAUGGAGGAUGUUUAUGCAGUGAAGCACUUCCAAGUCAAGUCUGACCUUUUUAUUUGCCUGACACGCUUCAUCGGUGAUUCCAAGGUGAUGCGCUGGGAUGGGGCACUCUUUAGAGAGCUGCAGACCAUGCCCUCUCGGGGCUCUAUGGUGUUCCAGCCUUUUGCUGUGGGCAGCUGGCAAUAUGCCAUUCUGGGCAGUGAUUACUCCUUUACUCAGGUGUACCGCUGGGAUGCCAAGAAGGGCGAGUUUGUUCGUUUCCAGGAGCUGAACAUCCAGGCGCCAAGAGCCUUUUCCCCAGUUUCAAUAGACAACCGUCAGUUCCUGCUAGCGUCCAGUUUCAAAGGGAAAACUCAGAUCUAUGAGCACCUGGUCAUUGAUUUGAGCAACUGAGGGAGUGUUUUGCUUCUUUGUUUGUUUAUUGAUCGGUUAGUUAUUCUAGUGACUCUGGUGUGAAGGCCAUUUCAGCAGAUGCAGUGCAAAACAACUCAGUGUAUUUCCCAACUUUAGAAAAAUAAGCAUUACUCCAUUAUUUUUAAAAAAACAUAUGUUAAAAUCAUGUACGAUAAAUCUUAAGAUAACAGCAUAUAUCUCGACCAAAUAUCUGUCAGAGAUGCAUGCAUCUCAGGUUAGGAUUAAGUCCAAUAUCUUAAUGCAUGAAGGCCCCAAAUCAGUAACCCAUUAUAUUUAACAUCAGCUGGUAAGUUUUUUUUUUUAAUAAUUUCACAUCAUUCAGCAAUGUUUAUAUCUUUGUAAUCUCAUAUAUUUAUCUACAGAGUUAUUAAAAUAGUACUUUUUAACCUGUUAACAUGUUUAACUGAACAAAUCUGCCAAAAUGAAAUGUUUACAUUUUUCUCUUUCCAUUUGUAUGACACACAGUUUGUAAAUGAAGAUUUUGUAAUCUGAAGAGGGACCACUGUUAAGAGGAUGAUUUAAAGUUAUGCUUAUCAUUUGAAAAAAAAGACACAUUGUGUGAGUCUACCUGUAUAUCUCUGCAGCUUACAUUUUUAUUGUUAAUGGUUUGUAUAAUGUUUAAAGUAUUGAGCAGGUUUUCGUAACUGGGAACUAUCAGAACUAUUUUCAACACUCUAAAAUAACUAAGAUGAAAAAGUGAGGAUAGUGUUCAUAAACCUUAACUUUGACUAACAUGUAAGCAAAAUACAUCACUUGUGUCAUGCGUAAGACUAAUGUCAUGUUAUCUAGAGGUAAUAAAGGUUAAUAUUUCAUCUGAGCUCCCUUCUGUGUAACCUUACAUAAUUAGUUUGACAUUGUGACACUUGGUGCAUUGACUUCUUUAGCCUCAAGGGUUUCUGUGCAAUUAUGGUAGACAUAAGAAUUAAAUGAAAUAAAUACAAACAAAUAAAAUCCUUUUAUUUUGUCCAACAAAGUGCACGCCUCAAAUCUACAAAGCAGCACAUUACAAUGUAAUGGAAUAAAUACAUUAAAAUCAACUGAAUUAAAAAAAAAAAAAAAAAA